AUGCCUCAGCUCGAUUCCUUUACAGGCCGGCGUUUGGUGUUCCGGGCCCCUUUGCUGACGAUUACGGCACUCUACAAGGAGCACUCUACUCGGAAAGCGCUCCAAGGCGUUGCUGUUGCAGGCGGUGGCGGUAGUCAGACUCGCUCUGGCGUGCCAAACGGACUCUGGUUCGUAUCCUUGCACCAGCUCGGGUGCGACUCGGAAACCGAAAACCUGCUCUACCUCGCGCUGGAAGAGACACCAUGCUAUGUACACGCUGUGCCCGGACCUGGAUAUUGGCUUGUGAUUAUCGUUGCGGCUGCCUGUGUAGAGUUCGUAACCAUAUCAACGGACACCACAGCGCACACGCAGCAGCGCGGUCGAAUUGCUGCCCCCGCAAGAAACCGUAUUUCGCCUUCUGAAACCCGUAAUGUGUCAACAGGACUCGUGUGGCGAUGGAUCGGUGCCGCAGGCCCCUGGUUAGCUGGCAUCGACGAGGACGACGAGGCCCGCGUCUGGUUGCUGCACUGGCCCAGUGCACGACGCUUUGCAGAGCAGAAGCACCUGAAUGACUCGCCCAAUGCACCGUCGCUUCAGGCCUUGUACCAAAGCAUUCGACUUCCCGCUGGUUUCCAGUUUGAUACGAGCAACGCUGAUGCUCCGCUCUGGGCAUACUUUCGAAUCGACGGUAUGGACCGUCUCUCGAGUGGCGCCUUGUCAAGCGACGGAUCGUGGCUUGCGAUCACAGGCCUUGCAGCGGAUACCGAAGAUGCUGCUGCUGCUGCUGCUGCUGCCGUCCUUCAGCACGGAACCAAGAGCGACCAGAGGACGCAUCGUAUCUCGGGACAAGCGCCUCGAGAUGCCCGUUCGAGCGCCCGGCUCGCACUGGUCAUUUUACCGCUGUACGGUGCCGAGUGCACUGACGCCCUGGGUGCAAGCGCACCGAAACCAGUGCGGGAGCAUCCACCCGCACCUCGUGGCAACAUGCUGAUCCUCGCGAGCAAGGCACGUUACCGUCACCACCACCGGUGCUACGAAGCAUGCCGUUCGCAACUGCAACGCGGGCGUCGACAUCGUCCUCGUGCACGUCUAGCGCCUCCGUCAUCACCUGGACCAUGUGUGUUUCUGGAUGCGCACACCUUGAUCACGACAUUCUGGGACGGCGACGACGCUUCGACGACAUUCGCACUAUGGCAAUGCGGUUCCUCGUCCCGAGACGCACGCCACCGGGAAGACUGGAACCUGCGCCGCACUUGGAAGUUGCCGCAAGCACAGCCAGUUACGGCAAUGGACUGGUUUGCACCCAAUCCAUCGUCCACGACACCAGCCCAGAUCGGUGUGCUCGCCGUGGCGCUGGUGAACGGACACGUUCAAGCGUGGAUUGUGGAGGUGCCCUUUGGAUGCACGACACGAGCACCGCUGAUGUGUUCGAGUUGGAUCCACGAUAGCGGACGCAUGACAGGACAAGUGCAGCGCUUCUCGCGGCGCUGGUUGCGAGCGGGAGCAGCGCCCCGCCUGGUGCACGGCCUGCCCGCGAGCGCGCUGCUGGUGCUACCUGUCGCCGAACACCGAAGCAGCGCUGUGGAUGACCUCGUCGCUUCAGAACAGUCGCGCUCGUGGCUCCUCUUCUCAACCAGCACAGACGGAACGUUGCUCUGUAUCGAAUUGCGACAAGCAUUCGCGAGAACACUACAGCGACGUGCGUUACGAUCCCUGAUGUUUUACGUUUUCGUGCUAGGUAUUGUGCGCCUGCUGAUGAGCCCAUGGGCCAGGCAAGACGUCAUACGCCACGUCUCUGCUAUCGAGUGA